UAUAUGUUAAACAACUUGAACAUGUACCUUGUUGCUUCUUUUGGAUGUCCAAAAAUUAGUGAUGCUUCAUCAAAUAUCCUAUUAGCAAUUCAUAAAUUUUAAAAAUAAAUCCAAAUUUCAGUCCAUAAUCCAAAAAGUUUGAAUUUGACGUUGGUCUAAACUACGUCCACCCCUAGUUGAUGGUUUUUUUUUGUCCAAAAAAUUUAGCAAUGAGGGUAUUUUGGUCAUUUCAGCAUAUAAAUCUAGAAAUGGAUUCUUCUACCAAUUAAUCCAAGAAAAAUAAGUGAGGGUAUAUUUUUUUCAUUCUUUCUUUUAGCUGGUUGUUACAAAUUCAGUUAGAUAACACAUGAGAUAAGCGAAAGGAACUAUUGGAAGGGUUCAACCAUGAUUGGAAGAUGCUUAUCAGUUCAAUCAUCAAGCCCGAACGAGCUAAAGUUUCAAACUUUGAGUGGAAUUCAACAUCUAGAUGAAAGUCGUCGAUUCAAGGCAUGGUUUCUAGAUCAGUUUGGCGUGCUUCACGAUGGGAAACAACCUUAUCCUGGUGCCAUUUCGGCCUUGGAAAAGUUGGCAACUUGUGGUGCGAAGAU